AUGGCAAGUACGGCAGAAGUCAAAGAUCCCGAGGCCUUUCUCAAAGACCCUCGCUUUUCCCAAACCUUCCAGCUCCCAGCGGAUCCAUCGGAUGAUCAUGGCAGUCUCCAGGUUAAAUACUCCGACUACGGCUAUCACAACGCCGCUGAUGAGAAUGUGCUACUCUUCUUUGCGCCGCUAUGUGCUUCGAGGAUUUUUCACUGUGCGAAGGAUGAACUAGCCAAGAAGUACCGUGUUCGCAUUGUCGUUAUGGACCGGCCGGGUUUUGGUGGGACGGAUCCUGUCAAGCUGGACAAGAGACCUGCCAUGUGCCGAAAAAUGACUCUGGCUUUGCUCAAGCAUCUUGGAAUCAAGCAUGUAUCUCUUGCUUGCCACAGCGGAGGAACCGUCUACGCUUUUGAUAUGCUCAUGCAUCACCCAGAGAUUCUCCACCCAGAAAGACCCUACCUCGCCGUCGGAGCUCCUUGGAUCCUCCCAUCUCACUCACACCUUCUGUCGAUGUCUGUAACCCAAUCACUACCCGCCAGCAUGCUAGCCCAAGCAGACAAGCUCAUCGGCUUCGUCAACGGCACUCUGGGGCCAGUUGUCGCGACAUCCGCUGGUAUGAGCCAAAUGUUUGGCCUAUCCAAAAAGAAGAAUGUCGAAGGUGGCGCUGAGGAGAUCAAGGCCGAUGCGCUCUUCGAGGAGUCUUUGGAACCCUUCUUGUUCAAACUUGUGCACGCUGAGAGUAUUCGUGGUUUUGGUGAUGAGUCGGUUUUCUUGAUGCAGAAGACAGACGGAGUACCAGGAUGGGGCGACUGGCUUGAUUAUGAUGAUAUCGUGCCGAAGUUGGUACAUGCGCUGAAAGGAGCGGGUAGGAAAUUGACCGUGGAUGUCUACUACGCUGAGGAGGAUUCUAUGAUUGGAGCACCGGGAACUGAUGGGCCGAAAUGGCUGGAUAGUUGCUUCAAGGGAGAAGAGGUUGAGCAGGUCAUUAGCUACAACACUAAGACCAUCGAGGCAGCGGACCAUGACACUAUUUGGAGCAUACGUCGGGGUGUACCUGUCGAUGUCUUCAAGAAAUUGGCUGGAUGA